AAGCAGCGCCGCGCUCCCGGCCGGCGCGGCGGACAAGAUGGCGGCUCCCAUGGAGCUGAGCUGCUGGGGAGGAGACUGGGGGCUGCCGUCCCUGCACCCGGAGUGUCUCACCGUCAUGGCUUAUGCCAAAUUUUCUGGGGCUCCCGUGACAGUGAAUACUGUAAAUAACUCCUGGAGAGCUCCGAAAGAAGAUCUACCAGUCCUGGUAUCAGAAGACAUUGUUAUUUCUCAGCCAGCAAAAAUACUGAACUUCUUAAGAAAGCAGAAAUACAAUGCUGAUUAUGAUUUGUCUGCAAAACAAGGAGCUGAUACACUGGCAUAUAUUGCACUACUUGAAGAGAAACUGCUUCCUGCUCUGCUGCACACUUUCUGGAUUGAGGCUGAAAAUUACUGCAGUGUGACAAAGCCAUGGUUUGCCUCAAAGAUUGCCUUCCCACUGAGUUUGUAUCUGCCUGGAAAGAUGUCCAGGGAAGCGCUGAACAGGAUCUUGCUGACCAAGGGAGGACCUCCACUCUACAGUCUCACUGAAGUGGAAGCCCAGAUAUACAGGGAUGCCAAGGAGUGCCUAAAUCUCCUGUCGAAGAGAUUGGGAACAGCUCAGUUUUUCUUUGGAGAUACGCCUACCACCUUGGAUGCCUUCGUGUUUGGCUUCCUUGCACCAAUUUAUAAAGUGUGCUUCCCCAGGGUACAGUUGCAAGAGCAUUUGAAACAGCUUCCCAAUCUGUGUCGAUUUUGUGAUGAUAUUCUAACUUGCUACUUCAGGUUAACUGUCUCAGGCUAUUCUCCAGCUGGACAGGAUACAGCAGAUGCUAAUCUGCAGAAACUCACACAGCUUGUAAAUAAGGAAUCCAACUUGAUUGAAAAGAUCCGGCUCUCAUUGUUUCUCUGCAGAUGGACGACAACCUUCGUAAGAGUCCUCAGCAUCCCCCUCGUAAGCUCACAACGCUCAAGCUUGCUGCAGGUGGAGAAGAAAGCAGUCCAAUGAGUCGUUUGUCACCUUGACGCCACUUGUUGCCCGUACAUGUGUGUUUUGUAAUUCAACUGAGUGCCACAGUAAACUUUUUUCACAUGAAUGUUUUGCAAGGGAAGAAUCUGCUAGUGGGUACAAGUAGAGAAGAAAUAGAGCUUUACAAUCUUCUGUCUAUUUGUUUUAAGAAAUUGCGUAGUUUAGGCUGGCCACACACUAAGCUGAAGCUAAGCUAAACAAAGCUUAUUAUUAUGGAUGUUAACAUCAUUUUGUACAGCAUACUUUUGACUUUAGCCUAGCAGAAAUGUUUACCAAAAGCUAAAAAUCUGCUUAUGGAAUGUUCACUAUUACUUUAUUUUGUGGGUUUUGAUUUUACUGUAAUCAUGUUACUGUAUGUGAGUGGCUAUACACUUUGUCUGAAAAGGACAAAGUCCAGUUGCAAAGUCUGAAAAGACAAAAUGUUGCCGUUCAUGGCAGCUGAGAAAUGAAAAAAUGACAGGAAGGUAAAUAUUUUUAUUGUGCUUUAAUGAACUUGGGGUUUGUGUUUUAUGGUUGUUUGUAUCUUUGAAAAUUUGUUAUGUCGUACUUUGAAGGGGAUUAUUGAAAAGCAUGUGCGCUAUGGGGAUUAAAAUGAUGCACAAUGCUAACAUUUCACAGUACCUCGUACUAGUCCUUUGUGAAACAGGCUUAACCUGUGCACAGGGUAAUACCACAUGCUGCAAAACUGUUAAGUCAAAGUCACAUUAAACUUGUAGUGGAUGGAGAAGUUUGAUUAGUUGCUGUCAGGACAAGACUCGACUAGCAAACGUACUGUGUCUAUGGAUUGAAAGGGACUGGUUAGGGCUUUAUAAGAAAGAUGAUGUAGGCUUUUAAAUUUGUUGCAAAUGCCUCUUAAUCAGUUUUGUCUUAUUUUUUAAUAAGCUCUACAGUUGAUUCAAAAAUUAAAACUAAAAAUUGUCCAAAUUUUUGUUGUAUGAUGAUCUGUCUAGUUCGAAGUUCUUUUCUCUUUGCAAACUGUGGUAUUGCAGGGCAUAUUUCUUCUGUUGAAUUACAUUUUCUCUUUAACAGCAGCCUUGCCAGUUCUAGAGACCCAAGCAAUUCUGCCACAAGAGAGAUGCUGUCAUUUUUUACUGGGAAUGUACUGGCAGGUGCUUCGUGAGUAGGUGUAAAGAGAAUUAGACAAGUAGAUUGGUCAAAAUGGCAGUGCUUGGGAUACAGAAUUCUGAUAGCUGUAUGUGUGGGAUAACUGUUCUGGGUUUUCUUUUUGUUGUUUUUCUGGCCAAAUCAAAAUAGUCUUUCAGCUUCCCUUCGGCUACUAGUCAUGUUUGAGAUACACAGAUAAAUUAUUUCCUGUUUGUAAAAGACAAGAUGGUAGAUUGUGUACAUAUUGUACCUUUGGACUUGAUAUGUAAGGAAUGUAAUAUCUUUAACAUUUCUUAAUUGAAAUGUUCAGUUUCUAAUGAGCACUUUAAAAUACUGUUUAAGCUUCAUGCUCUUACUAGAGUAUUUGUUGCAGUGAUUUGAAAUUAAUUAAUCUCAUCUUUCAUGGUAACUAUAUAAACUGACAGUCCAUUACAUGCAAAAGUAAUUAAAAUGUUUAAAAUUUGUACUGGCUGUAGCUUGACAAGAUUUACAUGAGAUCGAGUCACAUAGCUUUCCAGAGUUUUUCUUUUACAAACACGGCUAUGGAGUAUAUGCCUUAGUUUGUCACUUUUGUGAAUACAUACACUCAACCUAUAAAGUCUCUUUGUAAAAAAGGGUUGUUGUUUCAAUAUUAAAAUUUUGGAUUUUUAGUGGAA